ACUUUGAACAGCGUUUUCUCGGAGGGACUCGUGUGGAUUGGUGGCAACGAAAUUGGAGUCUGUCGUUGAACAUUCUUCGACUGAAGGAAUACGGGUGGAUAUACUAGUAUUCCCCAGCCUCAACGACUGUUCCUCCCACAAUCAGUCGCGGAACAUCUCCACUAGUAGAAUCAGCUUAAACAUGAUCCAACAAACUACCAAGCUCAGCGGGACCGCUGCCAAUAUCGUUCUAGCAAAAACAGGGCAUGGUCUCGCCGGUAUGACUCAGAAACCUGAUCCUCUAGACGAUAUCACCUGUUUCAAGGCUAUCAAAGCGAGUUUGGACAGUGUGCCUGCGGGAGCGAAGAUGCUACUUAACAGCGCCGAAUUUUACGGCAGAAGCCCACCGACAAGCAACCUCGAGCUUCUGUCGAGAUUCUUCGAAAAAUAUCCCGAAUAUGCCGAGAAAGCCUUCCUAUCUGUCAAGGGAGCAACCAAAGCCGAUAGUAUGAUGACCGAUAAUUCUCCGGAAAACUUGAAGCGUAGUGUUGACACAUGCAUCGCAGCCCUACGCGGGAUGAAGAAGAUAGAUUUGUUCGAAUGUGCCCGUGUGGACCCAAAGUACCGCAUCGAAGACACCCUGCAGGUUCUAUCUGGCUUUGUGAAAGAACGGAAGUUCGACCAUAUCGGACUUUCCGAAUGUAGCGCCGAGACUGUUCGCCGUGCCAACAAGGUCUGGCCUAUUGCCUCGGUAGAGAUAGAGAUCAGCCCCUUCUCAUACGAGGAUGAGACCAAGAAAGUCGUGGAGACUUGCAAGGAGCUCGGGAUCGCUGUCGUCGGAUACUCUCCCAUUGGUCGAGGCUUGCUCACGGGGACGAUAAACAAAGCCGACGACCUUCCCGAGGGGGACUAUCGCAAACAUUUCAGUCGCUUUCAAGAGGGAAACGUGGAACACAACGCGGCCAUAGUCGACGCUCUGACCUCCAUCGCGAAGAAGAAGAAUGUGAGCACUACCCAGCUCAGUAUUGCCUGGGUGAGUGCACUCGGUAGCCACGUCAUCCCUCUUCCUGGAUCAUCAAACGCGACUCGCACUCUGGAGAAUCUCGCUGGUGGCGACAUCGAACUCUCUACAGAGGAGCUGGAUGAGAUCAGUCAGGUCCUCGCGGCACACACGGUCAAAGGCUCGAGGUACUUUGACAAGGGCCCUGUUCAAAUUUUGAACCUCUGGGGUUAGAAUGUCUAGUUCCAGACGAGGCAGCAAAGAGGACGCCAUAUGUAGUUCGUCAUGAUUUUCACGCUGGUUUCACUUCUUGUAAUAGUCAAUACAAGAUGAACAUCCAUGGUUUUAUG